GUACUGCAGUACCAGACCUGGUGUCGAGAGUUGGAGCAGCAAGUGAAAGCUGGAGGGGGAUCCCUUCCAGGCAGGUGGGAAGCCACAGCAGACCACAGCCUGGAGAAAGCACUGCUUCAGGUGGAAGAGGAGCAGCACAGGUACAAGGAAGAAGCAUUUCUUCAUACUUGGUACCCUGGAUGCUCAUGGAAGUGAGGGAAAACCUGUCGGUGCUACCUGGUCUCCCCAAGGGAAGCGGUUGGGCAAGCUGCUCUGACAGGAGAAAGGUGUGAGAAUCUGGCAGAAGUGAACACUCUCCUGCGGGAGCACCUCGAUAAAGCCAGCGAGGUGAAUUCUGCCCUCAAGGAGGACGUUGGGAAGCUGACGGUGGAUUGGAUGAGGGCCCGGGAGGAGCUGGAGCUGAAGGAGAGCGAAUGGCGCAGGGAACGGGAGCUUUAUGACAGCUACGUGAGGGGGGAGCACAGCCGGCUGCUGGGGCUGUGGCGGCAGGUGGUGACCUUGCGCCGCCUCUUCCUGGAGAUGAAAACCGCCACGGACCGAGAUUUGUCAGAGCUGAAGGCAGAACAGAUGAGGCUUUCUGGAUCUAUUCUUGUGAACUGCUCUCGCCUGAACUCCUGUGUGCAGCUCAGGGAGUCCAUCACUCGGGGUAAACCUGUCCUGAAGGAUCAGGCAGAGCAGCAAGUGGAACCAAAAAUGAACCAGACAGCUCAGGAAGUGAUAGCCUUACAAGUCAGGUGUGACAUGGAGAAGAAAGAGCUUCAGGACAGGGUGAUGGAGCUCUCAGCCUUGCUUGUGCAGUCUCAGAAGCAGAACGAGGAGAAGGAGAAGACCAUGAAAACACUUAACGACACAGUGGAGAUUCUAGAAUCAAGUUGGAUAGAGAAAGAAUUUACAGCUUCAUUGACUAACAGUGCCAAAGAAGAGAAUCUUUUCCUUCAAAAGCUCAUUAAAAAUAUCACUGAGAUGGUGCUAGAUGACAGUGACAGCAUGGUCAGCAUUAUCUGCACUGGCAGCUCCCAGCAUGCAGACUCUGGGCACAUCUCAGCUCCAAGGUCUGUUGAUACCGGACAUGCCUUUGGACUGGUUCUGGAAGCACUGGCAAGGAUGCGAGGGGCAACAUGGGCCCUGAGAGAAGAGCUUUCUGCUAGGCAGGACUCAAACAAAUUCCUGCUGCAGCAGCAGAGGCAUCAGGAAGAGAAGUGCAGGGAGGUGCAGCAAAGGCUUGAGCAACUGGAGGAGAAAUGCAAGGAGUCCAGCAGCCACCAGCAGCAUCUUCAGUCUUUAGUAGAAACACUCAGAAGUGACUGUGCAAACCUCGAGAAAACCAGGGAAGAGCUGCAGGAACAGCUUGGAUUAAUGGAGCAAGAAGCUUCAUGUCUGCGUCAGAGUAACGCUGAGCUGCAGAUGAGGGAGGAGUCAGCCCAGGCAAAAGAGGCAGAGCAGCAGGACAGGAUGGAGAGAGCACGCCGUGAGCAGGAGCUCCUAGUGAAGGACCUGGCUGUACUUGAGGAAAAACACUCAUUACUGCAGAGUGAGUUGGUAGUCCAGAGACAGACACUGGGGAAAUUGCAGCUUCAGAAGGAUCUGCUGGAGCAAGAGAAGGAUGAGAUUGCCAUGGCUCUGGAGAAGGCAGAGCGGUCAGUGGCAGAGCUGACAGGGGCUCAGAACAAGCUGAAUGCUGAAAGAGCUGAUCUGCAGGCUGCAGCAGCAAAGAUGAGCAGCAUCAAUGAAGCUCUUGCACUGGACAAAGUGCAGCUGAACAAAUACGUGUGGCAGCUGGAGCAAGAGAAGGAAGCUUUGUCUGCUAAAGUGGAUGAGAUGGAGAGAGCAAAGAUCUGUGAGCAGGAGAAGCUGAACUUCUAUGAAAGAGCAAACAAAGAGCUCUGUGCAGAGAAAGCCCGGCUAGAGCAGCUACUGAAGGAAGCAGAGGAGCAACGGGAGGAGCUGUGGCUGGAGCUUAGGACACUGGGAGAGGAGAAAGCAGAAACCCAGGAGAAAUUCCAUCAGGUUUCCCAGAAGCAAGAAUCAUUGAGCAAAGCUCUGGAGCAGCUGAGCCAGGAAUCCUCUGACCAAGGGCAUGAACUGGCCCAGGUGGGCAGAGAGAAGGAGCUGCUGGGCCGGGAGAAGGCUGCCCUUGAGGGCCGACUGGCAGCCGUGGAGCGCCACCAACAUGACCUUUCCAAGCAGCUGGCAGAGACCAGGUGGGAGAGUUGACAUCUCAGCUGGCAGCCUCCCGUGAGUGCCAGGAAAGGACUGUGCAGAGAGCCCAGCAGGAUGUGAGGGAGGCCCAGGAAGAGUCCAGGCAGAAGCUGCUGGAGGUUGAGCAGAUGCAGAAGAUGCUGGAGGAGGCAGAACAUCAGAACGAAGAGCUGCAAGUGCAUCUGGAGUACCUGGAGAGGGAAAGGAGUCAAUGGGAAGAAGUGGCACAGCAAAAUUCAGAAUUGCAGGCUUCUGUCAAUGCCCUAGAGAAGGAAAAAAACAGGCUGACUCUGUCUCUGGAAGAAAAGGAUCUGAGCCUCAGAACCCUGGAAGAAAACAACUUGGCCCAGAUCAGUCAGGUGUCUCAGCUUUGUUCUGCCCUUACCCAGGCCGAGGAGCUCCACUCAGAGCACAGAAGAGAAGUGCAGGAGCUCAACAGCCACACAGUGUCAACAGGCCAGUGGUGCCCACCAGGAAACUCAGUCCCAGCUGGACAAACUGCUCUUAGCUGUCCACCACAUGAUCAGGGACAGCAGGGACUUGGUCACUUGGAGCUCAGAAGAGGAUCAUGUCAUGGGCCUAACUGCUUCUCAGGCUGGGGAUGUCUCCCCAGAGCUCACAGUGGACAGAGUGGCAGCAGCUCUGCAAGACCUGCAACAGCACCUGGAGCAUUCCCAGAAAGAUCUGAAUGAUGCAAGGAACAGGAUACAGGCCUUGGAGCUGGAGCUGGGCACGGGGCAGGAUCAGAUGGACAAUCUUAGAGCCAGCAAUCAGGAGCUGCAGAUACAGUUGGAUGAAAGUCGGGCAGCAAUGUUGAAGGCAGAACACGAGAAGACCUCUCUAGAAACUGCCUUGAAGGAAGAGACUAUUACCCUGAAGGAAGAUGCUGUGACUCUUCGUCAGGAGGUGGCAUCUCUGAAAAAGAAAUUGGAAAACCUGGAGAUGGAAAAGACAGAUGUGCUGCAUGAACAGGACAGGCUGCAGGCAGAUAAAGAAAAACUAGUGUGUGAGAUAAAACUUCUGGAGGAAUCAGUCACAGCCUCUGAAACUCGAGCAAAUACAGCAAUAGACAAGAAUCACUCUCUUGAACAAGAACUCCAAACUGCCCUGUCCAUGUUAAAAAUUAAAAAUGAGGAAGUGCAAAACCAGGGGAAGAAAAUGGAGAUCCUUCAGAAAGAGGCAGCAGAGACCAAAGCUUUGCAGGAGCAUCUCACUCAUGUGACUGCCAUCCUGUCAGAGAGGGAGGGAGAAAUGAAGUUGUACCAAGAGCAGAUGAGAAUGUUGGAAAAGCAGAAAGAAAUGCAUAAAACUGCUCUUAAUCAGGUUAUUAAGGACAUAACAGAGAAAGAACAGAAGACAGAAUCCCAACAGGAACAGAUACAGGAGCUGGAGAAGCAGCAAGAAAAGCAAAGGAUUGUUUUAAGCAAAAUGAGCCAAGAGCUGGAAGAGAAGGACCAAGAGAUCAGGUCCCAGCAAGAGCUGAUAAGGGAGCUGGAGAAGCAGUUAGAAUUGCAGAACUCUGCUGUCAGCAGGGUAAGCAAAGAGCUGGAGGACAGACACCUGGAGAUCAAAUUCCAGGAGGAGAAAAUAAUGAUUCUAGAACAGCAUGGUGCAGUACAAGUCAGAAAUCUGCUUGUGGAUCUUGAUGAUAUGAAAGGAAACCUGAAGGAGAAAGGGUUGGAGCUUCUUUCUCUGACUCAGCAGAUUCAAGAACUGGAAAAGGAGAGAGAAGAUGUGAAAUCUCUAAAUGCUAGCCUUGAGCACCUGAGAAUUGUUCUUAAGGACAGAGAGAGUGAGUGUGAUGCUCAAAGGGAAGAGUUAAGGCUCUUGCAGCAGCACAAGGAACAGCAAGACAGGCAUCUGCAAGAGCUUCUUGAUAAAGUAGAAAACAUGACACUUUCUUUAUCUAAAAAAGAGCAAGAGCUUGAGUCACAGCAAAAGCAAAUGCAAGAAAUUGAAGAAGUGAUGGAAAUGCAGUUAAAGACUGUCCGUGACCAACUGGAGCAGACCUUAGCAACCUUAAAAGAAAAAGACAGACUUAUGGACAUCCAAAAGCAACAAACAAGGAGCUAUGAGGAAAAAAAAGAAGAACAGAUUAAUGUCUUGCACAGAGACUUAGAAUACUCUCGAACAAUAUUGAAAGAAAAGGAUUUAAUGAUUGAAUCUCAGAAGGAACUGAUUGAGACCUUCCAAAAGCAAAAGCAAGACUCUGAACAGCAGAAGCAAAUUCUGCAUUGUCUUCAAGUGGAACUAAAGGAAAAAGAGCAGGAAAUUUUGUGCCUUAGAAAGCAAUGUGAGGCAUGCAAGGAAAAGGAGGAAAAGCAUGAAGCUGAGCAUAGAAAUUUCCAUGCAACAACACUGAGUCUGAAAGAAAAAGAAGACAAGAUUUGUGUUCUGGAGGACACCAUCACAAAGCUUCAACAGCAGAAGGAAGAGACAGCAGUGCAGGCUAAAGCCAUACUGCAAAAACUAGAAUAUGCUGAGUCUUGUCUUGAAGCUAAACAUCAAGAGAUAGUGUCUUUGCAAGAGCAUGUCCAGGACCUUCAAGAGCAGAAGGAGGUGGCAGGCAAGCAGGCCAAAAGUCUAGAGCAGGAUCUAGACAAAGCAAGCCAGAUGUUGAAGAAGAACCAUUUGGAGUUCCUCAAGCAGACAGAGCAAAUGAACACGUUCCAGCUUCGUGAAGAAAGCAUGAAAGUAGCACUAACAUCAUGCCAGAAACAAGUGACUCUACUUGAGGAAGUGGUGAGGAAGAAAGAUGAGGACAAUGACACUCUUAGGCAAAAUCUACAGCAUGUAGAAGAAGAACUGAAGACUUUGCAGAAUCUCCAGCUUAGGCUAACUGAGAAGAAUGAAGGGGUUAGACAUGAUGGAGAGCAAGAGUUCCUGAAAGAAACCUUCCCUGAGAGAGAAGGAGAGAUCAGGGCUCAAAGUGAGCGGAAGCAGAUAGAAGUGGAAAUAAGAGCUCUUCGGGAAGAUCUCCAGCAUGUUCAGCAGACUCUGACAAAGAAGGAUAAAGAGGUCAAGUACCAGACAGACAAAGUCAAGUAUUUAAAGAAGACUCUAAUAGAGAGAGAACAAGAGCUUAGGAGGCAGAGUGAACUCCUGAAAGAAUUAACAUUGGCUUUGCGAUGGAAAGAUGAAGGGGAAACCCUGAAGAAACAAAUCCAAAAACUCCAAAAAUGGGAGGAAGAGGAAGCAGAGAAGAGGAAAAUUCUCCAGGAGAGGGACUAUCUCUUGCAAAGGCAGAAGGAAAUUGCCCAACAGUUAGAAGUUGAGAGGGAAGCCAAUGGCAAAGACCUGGAGUGUGUGGCUGCUUCUUUGAAGCAGAGGGAAAGCAGAGAACAUGAAUGGAGAGAGAACGCUCAAGUCCUGAGUGCUGCACUGAGCAAGAGUGAAGUGGCCAAUGGGAAUCUGAAGAAGGAGAUAACCGUCCUGCAGAGAAUGAUUUCAGAGAGAGACACAGACCGAUUUCGUCAACAGCAGGCUCUUGCUGAAGGGGAGCAGCUGUCGUGGCUGUCAGAGAAGAGACUCAUGUUGCAGAGCCUGGAAUGUCUGCAGCGAGCAGUUGCAAAGCUGGAAGAUGAAAAGGUGGAGCUCAACCAACAAAACACUGAACUCAGGAGGACUCUUGAGCAGGUGGAACACGAACGGAGGAGACUGAAGAGAUGUUUUAGGGGUCGGUUACUCCCAGAUGCCUCUGGAUUUUCCCUCUCUGAGUCUGACCAGUGCAAGUCGCCCACUUCCAGACAGGAGGAGUCUCAUGCUCACUGCAGUCAGCGCUUAGCUGAGUUACAGAACCAGGUGUCCCUGCUGCAGUCACAGCUGGCCCAAGAGCGACAGCAGUGUCAGAAUUACAUUGAGAGCUGUGCAAGGACCAGCCAGGAGCUGUCAGACCUUCACCAGGAGCUGUGCUGCUCCUUUGCAGCUGUGCUCAAGGAGCCCGAAGUUGCUGUUCUGGAAGAAGAGACGCGGAAGCUGGAUCUGUCUCUGAACCUUAACUCUGCACUGACAUCCUUGGACCAUCAGUCUCUGGAGAGACAGCUGGAGCAUCCAAGAGCCAGACCUGCCAGAAGCAAUGAUGACCUGAGGUAACAGCACCUCUGGUCUCCAUUUGAAUGGAACAAUUUCUCCUAAGACAAAGAGCUCAUGGAUGUGAGAAAUGGGGUCAGCUCCUCAGGACAGGGCUACUCCCUGCCUUAAACAUCCGUUGGUCUCACAUUCAGCUGGUGUCAAACCUCACCUCAUGUUGAGGAUUAGAAUCUACGAAACAUUAUUUCAUGAAGUAGAUGAUUUCUGGGACCAAAAUGUGAAUAUGUGAGAACAGCAUAGGUAAGGAGAAGGAAUGAUGCAUGGAGAAUGAAGCUGGAACAAAAAAAAAUAAUACUUGAACAGUAAGACUUAUGGGUGACAUCUGUCUGAGGGCAGCUACUUAAAAUAAAAGGACACAAAGAGUGUGCUACAAACAAUUAAAGUAACAUAACAGUUGGUGGUGUUUGCAUUUGCAGGCAUCUCCCAGGGAUGAUUUGAUUUUUUUUAAUAAAAUGUUUUUCAGAAGAAAAUUA